AUGUGGAGAGAUAGAGUUACUGAAUAAAAUUAGUAAACCGUAGAAAACAUCGAAUAGGUAGGAGUUACGUAAUAUAAUUUUUUCAUCUUUAGAUUUAGACUUGAAUAAGCAAAUUAAAUUAUGAGCUCAAUAUUGCUGUCUAACUCUAUUUAUGCUAUUACAGUGUUGUUAUUCAGUUUUUAGUUGAGUUUCGAUGGAAAUAUGUUAUUUGUUAUCUAUUGCAUUUAUUCAAAAUUGCUAUUGUAAUUUAUACAUUUACUGUAUUUCAACCGAAUAUUUCAUCAUUAUAACAUGUAUGAAAGUUUUAUUAAAUUUUAGAACAGAUAAACAUAUUUUAAUAAGACUAAUAUCAACUUUAGUGGAAGGCUCUUAUUUACUUGUACUUAAUUUAUAUUAAAUAUCUGCAACAAGAGAUUUAUUGUUACUUUCAAACAUAUUUCCUUUGUUAAAUAUGUUUCUUUCAUUGAUUUUAAAAAUAAAUGAAGGAAAUCACUACUUUAAACAAUCGAUAUCAUAAAUCAAUAUGUUUCAGGUUUUUCGAAAUAUUGCAAUAUUGAUAAUAUCAAUAUUCUUUAGCUUAAAACUUGAAGGAUACUUUGAGAUAUAAUGGUUAUAUGCUUUAUGGAUGUUUUGGAUACUUUUUGGUGUUUCUGCAUCAAUUGUGAUUUAUUACGUUUUUGUAAUUUUGGCUUUGGGAAUACAAAGAAUUUUAGAAUAAAACAUCAGACUAGAAAAUUUAGGUUAGAUUUACGUUUAUUAUUAGUAAUUGUUAAUUUAUGGAUAUUGUUUUUUAUGAUAUCUAAUACUGCGAUGUAUCUUUUAAUUCCAAUAUCAAUAUUAAACUUUCAGAAAAUUGGAUAUUAUGGAAAUUUAAUAGAUACAUUAAGGGUUAUUUUAAUGAUUAAUUAAGUUCUUUUUUCUUAUUAUACAGUUAGAUUUAAGAGAGAAUUAAUAUUAAGUUUAUAAAAUUAUUUAUCUUUGAAUGAUUCAGUAAAUCCUCUCAACACUCUGCCUACUUAAUAAGCAGAAGCAUAAAUAUAACCAUAUAAUAAAUAAGACUUUGGUGAUAGUUAAAUAAGUGAACAUCAUAUUUAAAUACCAAAAGUUGUCAAAAGAAUAUCAAAAACUUAUUUUGGAUUUGAUGAUCUUCUCUCUGAUAAAAAAUCUGAAACGUAACUGUCUGGUAAGAAACCAACUCAUCAUAAAGCAUUUUCAUCUCAAAUAUAAAGAUCUUCAGAUUAUUAAAAUGAAAAAAUAAAAUUAUCUUCAUUAAUCAACAUCAAGAAUACUCAAAGAUAUAAUAGUAAUGUUGAUAUUCAAAAUAAUUCAAAAGAAAUUGAACAAGUACUAUAUAUAAUUAAUAUCUUCUAUAGAGUAGUAUACCAAAAUCUGUAUCUUUAUCUUCUAUCAAUGCUUGUUGUAUUUGUUUUGACAAUGAUCCAAAUGCAUUAUUCAUGUAAUGUGGUCAUGGAGGAGUCUGUUACAAUUGUGCUAUUGAUUUAUGGAAAAAUAAAGAGGAAUGUUAUUUAUGUCGAAGUGUAAUUCUUUACAUUUAUUCUAGAAAAUUGAUAGAGUUUUAAAAAUAAAAAUAAGUGAAUAAUAAAAGAACAUUUAUAAAGUUAUUGGUGCUACUGAAUUAAAUAAAAAAGUUAAAGCCUAACAAAAAAAAUUAACUUAAAAUUAAUAAUAUUGA